AUGUUAGGCUUCCAAUUUCAGGGGAAAGAUGAAACCACAAGAGCAGUUGAACUGAAGCAGAGACUGAAGAAGGAGAUGAUCCUUAUUAUCUUAGAUGACAUUUGGAAGGAAGUUGAUUUGGAGAAAGUUGGAAUUCCUUCUAAAGAUGAUCAGAAAAAAUGCAAAAUAGUGUUGGCUUCUAGAAAUGAAGCCGUAUUACGCAAAGACAUGGGCGCACAAGAAUGUUUUCCAAUUCAACAUCUAUCACAAGAAGAAGCUUGGCAUUUAUUUAAGAAGACAGCAGGUGAUUCCGUGGAGAAUAAUCUUGAAUUGCAACCCACAGCAAGGGAGGUAGUUAAAGAAUGCGAGGGUCUUCUACCAGUUGCAAUUGUAACAAUUGCAAAGGCAUUAAAAGAUGAAAGCCUGGCUGUAUGGAAGAAUGCCUUGGAAGAACUCAGGAGUUCUGCACCAACAAACAUCAGAGAAGUGGAGGAAAAAGUAUACUGCUAA